AUGGAACUCGACAUCUUUUCGGACGUGAUCUGCCCCUGGUGCUUCAUCGGCAAGCGCCGGCUUGAAGCCGCCUUCGUCGAACGCCCCCAGGCAGGCUUGGUGGUGCGGUGGCGCGCCUUUCAGCUCAACCCCGAUAUGCCGACGGAAGGGAUGGAGCGCCAAAACUAUCUGGAGCGGAAGUUCGGCGGCACGGCCAAUGCGCAACGCAUCUACAAUCAGAUCGGCACCGUAGGCGCCCAGGUCGGUAUCGACUUUGCCUUCGAUAAGAUCAAGCGAACGCCCAAUACCAUCGAUGCCCACCGCCUGAUUCGGCUGGCCGCCCGUCUCGAUCGGGAAGACGCCGUCGUCGAGCGGCUCUUCAAAGCCUACUUCCUGGAAGGCGGCGAUAUCGGCGAUUCAGGACUGCUCGCGGAGCUGGCUGCUGAGGCAGGGAUCGACGCUCAGGAGGCCGCGCGCUUUCUUGCCAGCGACGAAGACCGCAGUGCGGUCGAGAGUGAAGAUCUCAGCGGACGCCAGGCCGGGAUCACCGGCGUCCCGACUUUUAUCGUAAACCGUCGACAUGCCGUCCCGGGAGCCCAGCCUCCGGAGGUGCUGCACAAGCUCUUCGACCUCGGCCGCGAAGGCCUGCAAGCCGCAGAGAGCUGA